AUGUGUGCGAUGCGGAAGAGGCUGAAUCGAGUGUUACGAAUGCGCGCGUAUCCUAGAUGGAUUCUAGGUGGAGUAAAAGAAUCCCAUGAUUCAGAAUCUCAGAAUCUCAGAAUCUCAGAAUGGCAGAAUCUCAGAAUCUCAGAAUUUCAGAAUCUUAGAUUAUCAGAAUCUCAGAAACUCAGAACCUCAAAAUAUCAGAAUCUCAGAACUUCAGAAUAUCAGAAUAUCAGAUUAUCAGAAUCUCAGAAUAUCAGAAUCUCAGAAUCUCAGAAUCUCAGAAUCUCAGAAUCUCAGAAUCUCAGAAUUUCAGAAUCUCAGAUUAUCAGAAUCUCAGAAACUCAGAACCUCAAAAUAUCAGAAUCUCAGAACUUCAGAAUAUCAGAAUAUCAGAUUAUCAGAAUCUCAGAAUCUCAGAAUCUCAGAAUCUCAGAAUCUCAGAAUCUCAGAAUCUCAGAAUCUCAGAAUCUCAGAAUCUCAGAAUCUCAGAAUUUCAGAAUUUCAAAAUUUCAGAAUCUCAAAUUUUCAGAAUUUCAGAAUCAAACAAUUUUUUGA